AUGAGGUUUAUCACCGCAACGGUGCUUGGGUUGCUUGCACCCAGCCUGUGCGCCGCAUCUGACCUUAAUACACCUCAUCGACUGGAUCUCGCGUCCGAUUUCAAGCCCCCGCAAGUCUUCAAGAACACCAACCUUGUCAGAAAUACCAAUCUUGAGAAGGGAUAUGUGCGCGAAACCAUCAAUGUCGUGGUGGAAAAUGUGGACAGCAAGCCCCAAACUGAUUACUACGUUCCUUUUCCCGAUGAGGUGUUUGAGCUUGUUGGAGGCUUUGAAGUGCGGGACAAGAAGGCUCCUGAGAAUGGCCGCUUUGAUGUGGAUGCCACUGAAGCUGUAUCUUCCAGCGGCAACCAAUUCUUCGUGGUUCACUUCCCUGAGCCUCUGGCGCCCAAAUCUCAAAUCACCCUAGGAAUCUCAUACUCGCUACUUUCCUCUUUGAGUCCACUUCCCGCAACCAUUGGACAAGCCGACAAGCAAUACCUCUCUUACUCCUUCUCAGCGUAUACUCCUUCUGCAUACACGACAAUCACCCAGAAGACCAAGUUGAAGUUCCCUAGCACCGAUGUACCAGACUAUACAAGCACUGAGGGCCUCAAGUCCGGGUCCGACCCCGAGCGCAAGGGCGCCACCUACACCUAUGGUCCAUAUGACACAGCGAAGGUGGCCCCAGGCACCGAGUACCCAAUUGCUGUCCGCUACCAGUUUACCAAGCCUGUUAUUACUGUUAACCUAUUGGAGCGUGACAUCGAAGUUUCACACUGGGGAGGCAACCUUGCUACCGAGGAACGCUACUGGUUGCGCAACAAUGGCUCCCAGCUGACCAACCAGUUCUCUCGUGUUGACUGGACCUUUACCAACUAUCAGAAGGCGCCCACUUCGGCGGUGCGUGAGCUGACUUACCCUCUUCAGCCUGGUUCUGUUGAUCCCUACUUUGUUGAUGAUAUCGGCAAUGUCUCCACUAGCCGUUACCGUCCCAGCAAGGGCAAGAGCAAUGCGAACUUGGAGCUGAAGCCCCGCUACCCCAUCUUCGGUGGCUGGAACUACAGCUUCAAGAUCGGCUGGAACAAUGAACUUUCCUCGUUCCUCCGCCGUGCUGCGGGUGUUGACGCCGACUCUUACGUUCUCAAGGUCCCUCUCAUCGAGGGCCCUAAGAUGGCCGAGGGAAUCCAGUACGAGCGGGUCGUUGUUCGUAUUGUUCUGCCCGAGGGAUCCCACGACGUUCGAUUCGAAACCCUCGAGGGUACCAACAGCAACGGUCUUCCCAACCCCAAUCACAUCUCUGCAAGCCUGAGCUCCUUGCAGACUUACAUGGACACCCUGGGUCGUACCACAUUGACUCUGGAAGUUGACAGUCUUACUGACGAAGCCCGUGACGCCAUUAUUGUCGUUACCUACGAGCACACCAUGUUCGAUGCUCUACGCAAGCCUUUCACUCUGUUCGCGGGUAUGGUCACAGUCUUUGUAGCCGCUUGGGGCGUUGGGAAGAUUGAUAUCAGUAUCAAGAAGCGUUGA